AAAUGAUAACAAAAAAGGGGGAGGAGAUCGAGGAACGAGGAAGCAGGAAGAGGAGGAUAAACAAACCAGAGCAAGAGCUAGGACCGGUGUUUUUUUAUCUUACAGCUUCAUCGUUUCUACGCGCAAGAGCUUCAUUGUCACUUAAUUUACAUUUCGGAUUUAAAAAUUUCGGCUGCAUUCAAUUUUACAAUGCUGGAUUUUCGGUUAGAAGAAAACCAAUUGCUCUGGGCGAUUCUCACCUUCCAAAUUCUUGAGUACCUCUGGGAGUUUUACCUGGCCCGUAGACAACACUCCGUUUAUUGCACAAAAGUGAGCGUGCCAACCGAGUUGAAGGGAAUUCUGAACGAGGAAACGUACUCAAAGGCGCGAACCUAUGCUUUAGACAAGAGCAACUUUUCCAUGAUCAAGGGCCUCUUUUCCAUUGUUGUUGGAACGGCAUUUGUGCUGUUGAACGGGUUUAGUAUUUUCUGGACUCAAGGGAAGAUGGUGCUGGUCAAGGUCGGUCUGAACCCUGAGUCGGAGGUGCAGGUGAGCAUGGCGUUCAUGCUUGUGCUGAAUGCGCUGACUACAGUAAUCGGCAUGCCAUUUGCCGUGUACAGCACUUUUGUGCUGGAGGAGCGCCACGGCUUCAACAAGCAGACCCCAGGAUUCUUCAUCAAAGACCAAAUUAAGUCCUUUUUAGUCGGUCAGGUCAUCACCCUGCCAUUAGUGGCUAGUAUUGUUGCCAUCGUACACUGGGGUGGACAGUUCUUCUUUGUUUACCUGUGGGCCUUCACCACCUUGGUCAUCCUCUUCCUUAUGACGAUAUACCCAGACUUCAUCGCGCCCCUUUUUGACAAGUACACUCCUCUGCCUGAAGGAGAGCUCAGGACAAGCAUUGAGGCUCUUGCCAAGAGCAUUAACUUCCCUCUCUACAAACUAUACGUCGUUGAAGGCUCAAAGCGAUCAGUGCACAGCAAUGCAUAUUUUUACGGCUUCUUCAAAAACAAACGCAUUGUACUCUUUGACACCCUGCUGAAGGAUUACACGUCUGAGGAUAAGAAGGAUGAGAUUCCUGCGGAAGGCACCGAGAAGAAAGGCUGCAGCAACGAGGAGGUUCUGGCAGUCUUGGCCCAUGAGCUCGGCCACUGGCAACUCAAUCACGUUGCCAAGAACAUCAUCAUUAUGCAGGUGAACCUUUUUUUGAUGUUUGCUGCUUUUGGCUUCUUCAGCCAGUACGAGCCAAUGUACAGGGCGUUUGGAUUUGAAUCGGAGAAACCGGUGCUGGUCGGAAUGGUCAUAGUCCUGCAGUACAUCUUCUCGCCUUACAACGCCGUGCUGGGGUGCAUCCUGACGUGUCUGAGUCGGCGGUUUGAGUUCCAGGCGGACGCUUUUGCCGUGCAGAUGAAGAAGGGCCGCGAGCUGUGUGACGCCCUCAUCAAACUAAACAAGGACAACCUGUCGUUCCCACAGAAUGACUGGCUCUACUCGGCCUGGCACCACUCGCAUCCACCCCUGCUGGAGCGGAUGGCUGCCAUUAAGAGGUCCACCAAAUCAAAGAGCACUUAAUGCAAGACUUUGUUAUUUUCUAAUUCACUGAAGUCAGUCACGAGAGCUUUUAUUUUAAUUUGAUUCAUUUGCAUAAAUAAAAAUAUCUGGAUAUCAAAAAUGAC